UAUUAUAUCUAUUAUCUUAGUCCGUGAUUCUGUGUUGAAAUUAUUAUUUGAAUGCAUAUUCAUGGGGAAAUAGUUGUUUUAUAUUGUGAUUUGUGAUAUAUUUAAAUUGUUAAUGCAAAAUAUAACAUCGAGUGGAGAUAUAAGUCGAUAAUUUUUUUCAUUUCUUUGGGAAGUUAUCUAAAAAUGUUGUCCAAAAACUUUUUAGAUGUCGAUGAGUCUAUUAUAGAAAAGAACCUUUUAAUUCAAGUAAUAAUAACAAUAACUACCUACUGUUUACUUUCUUUCAUAUUUAUAAAUACCAAAUUUAAUGUUUAUUAUUUGAGUGAUAAAUAAUGUUUAUUUCCAGAGUAACGAGGAACAAGAAUUUGAACAGUUUGUAAACGGUUUUCUUAAUCCUAACUCUGGCAAAUUAGUCAAACCAGCUCCAGGUUAAAUAAUAUUUUUUACCUAUUAGUACAGAUUUUAAAUAUUUUCUAAAUUAUUCAAAAUUAUAGGAAUUUGUAUAAAAACUAUUAAAAUUGAUGAUAAGUCUAAAGUUUUUAUAAACCUUUGUCACCAUUCUGAUAUUCCACCUCCAGAAGAUAUAACACAUGACGAACUUAUUGAAGUUUUAAACUCCAAGGAUCCUGAAAGAUAUUGUGUACCACUGAGUAUUGGUACAGAACAUGAAGAAACUAUCAAAUGUAAGUUUUAUUAAUGAUAUUUAGAUAUGGUGAAUGUAAAUUAGAAAAAUUAAAUUUUAAACCACUGAUUAAGUAGGUACCUGUAUUUUUGUUUUUGUGAAUAUGGUUUAAAAUUUUAAUAAGAUGUACCUAUUAUAAUUUAAAUGUAUAAAUACAUUUUAAAAAGGUUUAUUUAUACAUAAAAUUAUAUUAUAAUUAAAAAGUAUGUGAAGGAAAACCUACUUAUAUUAUAUUUAGAAAUUUAAUGAUAUAGAUUUUAUAACAUACAGACUGAGGACUGAUAGGAUGAUUUGGAAACAAUUUUUGGAUGAUGACAUUGGUGUAUCUUGUUAUAAAUCAGAUGGGCGAGUGGUAAAAUUUGCAUUAAUACUCUAUAGAUAACUACUUUGCAAAGAAUGGUUUAUCUGUAUAUUCUGAAAUCAACAGUAUUACUUAUUGUAUAUUUUUUUUAAAAUUGUACAAUUAUUUAUUAUAUUAAAAUUUAAAGACUAUUAAAUGUACCUAUAAAUAAAAACUGAAAAAAUCUUAAAUUUAAAGUACUAUAUUUUGGUGCACACAAUUGAAAAUCUUUAAUAAUUCUUAAGUGAUUAUAUUAUAUUAUAGCUGGUGUUCAAGUUAAAGCUUAUGACGUGGCAGUUAAUUCAGAAUUUUUUAAAAAAUGUCAAAAUGAUGAAUUGUUUAAAACGUUUAUUAUUUCUGCUACAAUAGAAGGCAUUGCUGAAAAGUUCAAAAUAGAAAUAAGCUCUGAAAGUAUUUAUUAUCAUAGUAUAUCAUCAUAGUAAUUAUAGUAAUCAUAGUAUUUAAAAGUUAAUAUUUUAUUUUAUUUUUUGUCAAUGUCAUAGAUCCGAUUUUGUUAAAGAAUAAAAAAUGCCUUGGGUCUUUACAACAACACAGGAUUCAACAGCGACCUCCUAGACCAUCCUCUAUAAAAAAAAAAACUUUGAUUGAAGAACUAAAUCCAAAGGGAUCAUCUUCCCAAUUAGAAACACACAUUAAACCGGAAUACAGAGUUUAUGUACAGCCAGAAGAUAAUCCUGAACAAUUGAUUGUUGAUGUUUGGCUACCAGAUGUGGUAAUUUAAUGAAUUAUCUACUUUACAUUUAUGUUCUAGGUAAUUCUGAUUUUUAAUUUUUUUUUAUAGAAUAACUCACAAGAAAUUAGUUUAAAAUGUGGGGAAGAUUGUAUAGUAUUAAAUACAAAAAAACAAACAAAAUACGAGUUAGAUAUUUUUUUGCCAUAUACAAUUAUACAACAAAAUACCAAUGUAACAUUUAAUACUGUAACAAAAGUAAGUCAUAUAAAUUAAUAAAACUAUUUUAUAUUGUCCUGAAAAUCCCUUAUUAGACCAAUUUAAAAAUUAAAUUAAUUACAUGUACCAAUUUAUAUGUAAAAAAUCUUUGUUCUAAUGAUUUUUUUUUGUAUGAUUCAUUAUCCACUAACAUACAUAUACACUUCAAUGUUCAGUGUUCCGUUAUGUUUCAACGUGAUUGUACAUAAUUUUUCGUACUUUUUUAAUUGUGAUAACUCCAAUUGGAUAUUUCGAACUUUUUUUCUGGUUCUUUCAACUUCGAGUUAACCAAAUUUGACUUUAUUAAUAUAUUUUAUAUAUUGAUAUAUGUUUUAAUAUUAAUGUUAGUCAACAUGUCAAUUAAAUUUUUUAGUAUCUUAGGAGAUUUGGAGAGAAAUAUUUAAUAUGAGAUCUUGUUUAUCUACAGUUUACAUUUUAUAAAUAUUAGGAUUUGAAUAGGAUCGAGAAACAUCAUAUAAAUUGUAUAGUAUUUUUAUCUCUAGGUGUAAGAAUCCUAGUUCCGGUUCUGGUUAUUGUUUCUAUAUUAAAUAAUUAUAAUAAUAAUAAUAAACUAUUGAAUACUCAAUUUAUUAUUUUAUAAAUAAAUAAAGUUAGAUUAUGAUUUUAAUUAAAAGUAUUGAUUCUAAUAAAUAUAGUAAUUUGAAGAUAGUUUUCAAACUUAUUAUUUUAAUUGUUAAUGAUUAUGCAUAUAUUUUUUUUUAGUUUUUAUCAGUAACGUCAACCAUCGCUGCUGUCAAGUAAUUUUAUGAAGCUCAAUAUUUAUCUAUUUAAAGUAAUUACUGAUAUAAUAUAGUUAUUAAAUUUUUAUGUAUUUAUCUUGGACUAACUAAUAUUAUAUUACAGUACUUACUGAAGCUGCUUCUCAUACAGAAAAAUAUUUUACCACAUAAAAGGAAAUGGCAAAAUGAUAGAUAAACACAAUAUUUUGGUUAUUCUAACAAAAUUUCUCAAAUUUCUAAAAUACAUGCACCCGAAAGUGUAUAUAUAUAUACUUAAUACAUACCUGGUAAUUUUAUAACAUGUAAUUUUGUAAAAUAAUAUAAAUGUAUUUAUUUUUAACAUUUUAAUUUUUACAUACCUACAUAAAUACACAUAUGUAAUACAAUG